AUGAAGACCAUUGGAUUGGAAAAAACCACUGUGGAUGUUGCCUCUGACGUUGAAGAUGAACCUUCUGUAGAGGAAGAGGGAAAACAAUCUGAAGAAGCUGAUGUAGUUGAAAAACUUAGUUCAGACUCAGACAACGACUCCGACGAAGAAAAGGAAGAAGAACACGAACCAAAAGAACCAAAGGAACAAAAAAAGAAAGACAGCGGAUUAAUUACCCAAACCCAUCUUCUAACCUCAGAUAAGACUAUAUUGCCCUUUGAUGUACCUUGGUAUAACAUUCCUCUGGAUCCACAAGUAAAAGAAAAUGUAAAAAAUGGUGAAAGUGAAAUAUCCAAGGAACAAAUCAGCACACUUUUUGAAAGGGGUAAACAAACUUUAGAAAUGGAUAAUCAAACCUAUUAUGAAGAAUUUACCAAGGAUUCAUCCCAAAGAAAGUUUAUGUCUCAAAUCUUAUCAGAUGGUACAUUGAAUGAUAAAAUCUCCGCGUUAACCCUUUUAAUUCAAGAUUCUCCAUUACAUAAUACGAAAUCUUUGGACACUCUAUUAUCUUAUUGUAAUAAGAAGUCUAGAAAUUCCCAAUUACAAAGUUUAAAUGCAUUAAAGGAUUUAUUUUUGAAUGGGAUGUUACCACCCAAUAGGAAAUUAAGAUAUUUCAAAAACCAACCUGGUUUAUCGAUGAUGUUGAAUAAGAACACUUUGGCCGUUUUCUAUUUUGAAGAUUACUUAAAGAAAUUAUUCUUUCAAAUUUUAGAAACUUUAGAGAAAUUAUCUCAUGAUCCAAUUAUUCAUGUUAGAUCUACCACAUUGACACAUAUAUUUGACCUAUUGACAAAGCAACCAGAACAAGAAUUUAAUCUAUUAAGACUUGGUGUUAAUAAGUUAGGUGACAUUGAUUCCAAAGUGUCUUCUAAGGCAUCAUUCUUACUAUUAAAAUUGGAACAAGCACAUCCAAAUAUGAAGUCCAUUGUCAUUGAUUCCAUUGUGGAUACUGCAUUGAGACCUAAUGCCGAUUACCAUACGACAUACUAUUCAGUUAUAACGUUGAACCAAACCAUCUUAAAGAGAUCUGAAGAUUCCAUUGCCAAUAAAUUAAUCAAGACCUAUUUCACAUUAUUUGAAAAAUUCUUAAUAAGUACAGAAAAGGAUGAAUCCACGAAUAGUUCCGUAAAGAGUUCAGCCAAGGGUUAUGAAGCUAAGAGGAAGAAGAAUUUCAAGAGAGGUAAGAAAGGUGGUAAAUCUGUUAAGAAUGACAAGACCGAGGAGGAAGUACUUAACGAAAAGAAUUCCAAAUUAUUUAGUGCUUUACUAACUGGUAUCAAUCGUUCCUUCCCAUUUGCUCAAUUACCAGCAUCAGUAUAUGAAACCCAUUUGGAAACCUUAUACAAGAUUACACAUUCAUCCAAUUUCAACACAUCUGUCCAAGCUUUGGUUCUAAUCAAUCAAGUUACUGUAAAGGCUGAAUUAAACAAUGAUAGAUAUUACAGAACCCUAUACGAAAGUUUGUUCGAUCCAAGAUUGGUGGGGUCCUCCAAACAAGGGAUUUAUUUGAAUUUGCUCUAUAAGUCAUUAAAACAGGAUUCCAAGAAUGUGGAACGUGUGGAGGCGUUCGUGAAGAGAAUUUUACAAGUAAGUUCCCAUUGGUUAAACAUUGGUACCGUAGCCGGGUUCUUAUUUUUAUUGAUUCAAUUAGUUCAAAUCGUACCUCAAAUUAAAAAUUUAUUAACAAACACACCAUUGGACCAUGUCUAUGAAUCAGAUAACGAAGAAGGUGAGGGAGAAGAAAAGACCAAUGAGAAAGGGAGAUUAUAUGAUGCUCGUAAACGUGAUCCUAAGUUUGCCAAUGCUGAUAAAUCUUCUCUAUGGGAAAUCAUUCAAUUUAACCAACAUUUCCACCCUACGGUACAGGCAUAUGCUUCCAAGUUUAUUGAAGGUGAUUCCACGGAUGUUGUUAAGCCAGAUUUAGGGUUGUUCACUCUAGCUCAUUUCUUGGACAGAUUUGUUUAUAGAAAUGCUAAACAGAAGAGUGUGACCAGAGGUACAUCUAUUAUGCAACCUUUGUUUGGUGGGUCUCAAAUUGACAAGACUGUGUUGGUGAAGGCAUCUGAUGUUAUCUUGGAUCAAACUCCGGUGAACACUGAGAAUUGGUUGGAUAUGAAAGUGGAUGAGAUUAAACCUGAGGAUAAAUUCUUUUACCAGUAUUUUGCCAAUAAGAAGAAUGCCAUUAAGAAGGGUAAGCAAGAUGAGAAGGAUGUUCAUGGAUUUGAUAGCGAUGAGGAAAUGGACGAAGAUGAAAUUUGGGAUGCCUUAGUUAAAUCCAGACCUGAUGUGGAAGAUGAUAGUGAUGAUGGAGAAUUAAAUCUAGAUGAUGAAGAUUUCUCUUCAAUGAGUAGUAGUGAAGGAGAAGAUGCAGAAGAAGAAGCCGAGGAAGCUGAAGCUAAGGCGGAGCUUGAAAAGGCACUUGGAGAGUCCGCCGAUGAAGAAGCCAGUGAAAGUGACCUCGAUGGAGAUGUAUUCUACAGUUUCGCGGAUGAGGAAGCUGAACAAGACGCAAGUGAUUCCGGUAAACGUUCCUUCAGUGAGGUUUCGUCGGACGCAGAAGUUGAAGAAGAGGAAGAAGAGGACACCGGCAAGAAACAAAAGAAGUCCAAGAAAAACAGCCUGCCCGUGUUUGCCUCUGCAGACGAGUAUGCGCAAUACCUGGAAUCCGAUUCCGAGUAG